AUGAAAUCGGAUUCGGCAGGUGCGUCGGCCAAGAAGAAGGCUGCCGGCGGCACCGGCGCGUUCGGAUUGCUCGGCCUCAACAAGACGCUCUGCUACGCGCUAGAGCACAGACUCAGGUACAAGCAGCCGUCCGCCAUACAGCGGAAAACCAUACCCGCCGUGCUCCAGGGGCGCGACAUCGUAUGUAUAGCGCGCACUGGCUCAGGGAAGACGGUGGCGUACCUGGCGCCGAUUGUACAGAUGCUAGAGUCACACUCCAGGACUGUGGGACUGCGGUGCCUGGUGCUGCUGCCCAGCCGCGAGCUCGCGCUCCAGGUGGCCUCGGUCCUGAAGAAGUUCAUCAACUUCUCGAAGCAGGCGGAUGCUCUGCGCAGCGCCACGCUGAUUGGCGGAGAGGCCCUGGAGAGCCAGUUCGGCGCGCUGACAUUCAACCCCGACAUCGCAGUAGCAACACCGGGACGACUAUCGCAGCAUAUCGUGGAGAAGAGCAUCGAGCUCAACCUCUUAUCGCAUUUCAUCAUAGACGAAGCGGACAAGCUGUUCGAGAUGGGAUUCCUGCCGGACGUGUACCGCAUAUUCUCGAUGCUGCCGGAGAAAAGGCAGACCGUGCUGGCGAGCGCGACGCUCCCGUCCGAGAUCACGGACUUCGUAAAGUUCGGCCUGAGGAACCCGGUGGUGGCACAGGUCGACAAGGACAUGCAGAUCAACGAGCAGCUGGAGCUAAGAUUCAUCUACACAAGGACGGAGGACAAAAUAGCCGUGCUCGUCAAGCUGCUGCGCUUCAGCGAAGAGAACGAGCGGACAAUCGUGUUCGUGGCCACAAAGCACCACGUGGAGUUCUUCCGCGCGCUGCUGGCGGCCACGGGCCUCACUGUCUCCGCGGUGUACGGCGCCAUGGACAUGACUGCACGGUCGCAGCAAAUGUCGCUGUUCAGGUCGUGCAAGACCAAGGUGCUGAUAGUCACGGAUUUGGCGGCGCGUGGGCUGGAUUUGCCCAUGGUGGAUUGCGUCGUGAAUUUCGACUUCCCGCACUCAUCCAAGCUGUUCAUACACAGGGUGGGGCGCACGGCCAGAGCUGGGCGGCAAGGCACGGCGCUGUCGCUCGUGACGCCGUACGACUUCGCCUUCUGCUUCGAGAUACUCACGGUGAUAGGGCGGAAGCUCCUUGUGUCCAAGGAGCCGGUUGUCGGAAACGACACAUGCAUCAUCGGCACGGUGGGCGACAUAAGCGUGACGAUGGAAAAGGUGGCAUCGAUCCUCCAGAGUGACGCGGAGGUAGAGAGUCUGAAGAAGUCGAUGGACGCGUCGUAUAACCUGUACUAUAAAACACGUCCGAAGCCGUCCAAGAGUGCUGUCGACCAAUCGCAGGGGCACUUGGAGGCACUCGGCGGGCUCAAUGUGGUCGCGAACACCGUGCACCCGUCGUAUGCUGGCGUCAAAAGUCACGGCGCGUCGGCAGGUGCGGAGUCAGGGGCGUCGACCAACGAUGGUCCCGCUGAGGACGACCAGGAACAGGGGGUAUCCGACCCAAAGCAAGAUGCGGACGCCGCCUCCAAGAACGAGAUCCUGGAGUUCCUGCAUGGGUUCAGGCCGUCGUCGGCGAAGACCACCAUCGUGACCACGCUGCCGGCCAGUUCCAUCGCCACCAUGGAACGCGCUAAGCACUACUCGAGGCAGUUCAAGAAGCUGGACUCAAGCGUACCCCUACCGGUGGACACCUCGACUGACUUCGAGGCCGUCGCGAUCCCGCGAGGGCACGACGUCGCUCCGAAGCAGGACUUCCUAGUACCCUCCGCCGCCAGUACCGCCGCGCAGGACGAGCUCCGGCUCCCCAACAUAACACUCAACAUCACACCAGAUUCCGAGGAGCUCAUGCAGAAAUCGAGGUUCCAGCGCAAGCAGCACUGGGACCCGAAGAAGAAGAAGUUCGUGCAGGUCACCGUCGACUCCAUCACCAAACGCGUUAUCAAGGACGAGAGCGGGCAGAAGGCCCGUGGCACCGUCGAGAACAAGGACCUCCUGAAGAAGUGGAUGAAGACCACACGGAAGCGCAUCCAGAAGGUUGGCGAGCAGGAGGAGGCGCCGCAACGCAAAAAGACAGCCAACGUCGUCAAGUUCGACGACGACGACGAGUCAGGCGGCGACAGCGACGGCGACGGCGAUGGCAAGCCGAACUACGACGAGCUUAUCCGCAUGUUCCCCAAGCACGCGGCGACGUUGGAGUCGGCCAAGAUGAAGAGGCCGCUGACGCACAAGCAGAAGCGUACCCUCAAGAGGCUUACCACCAAGCCCGACUUCGAAAAGAUGCGCCCUGAAACCAAGGGCAAAAAGUCAGCCAAGGGGAAGAAGCGGACCAGGCUCAGCCAGCAGGAGUUCCGCAAGAAGGUGGAGCGCAAGAUCGCGUCAAAGGGUGCGCCGCGACGCAGCAAGCUGAUAGUUCGCAAGAAGCGGCGGUGA